AUGGAAGCAACAGAGAAAAACGAAAUGAGACUCCGUUUUAGACAAGCUGAAUGUGAUGCAAUGAAAAGAAGAUUAGCUGAACGGGAAGCUUUUAUCAGAUGGGAUACUGUAGAAAUAGAUGAUCCGGAAGUGUUGAUGGUUAGAGGGAUUUAUGAAGAUGUAAAUAAUUGCAUCAACUCAUACUCCCAUCUUGUUGAGUUUUUUCAGAACAAAAUGAAUUGGUUCAAUCUUCACAACUCUCAUUUCUACAAAUGCAUUCUGAAACUUAACAAGUCUCCCAUGCCACAUGAACGGCCAUGUCUAGGAAACUACAAUUUUACUUGUGAGAAAAGAAAAGAAAUUUGUGAAAGAUACACCGAAUUGAGGAACUGUACAAAACAGAUAUUGGAAGAUUCGCGUGGAGAGAAGGCAGCGGAUAACUAUGAUUAUUAUGUUAAAGUAAUUAGAAAUCAUUUUGGUUGUAGUUAUAUUCAUUUAACUCAUUUGAAACAUGGUCCUUAG